AUGGAAACUGUUGUCUGCUCGUUGCUUACCGUCGACCUGAACGAUUACUGCUACAGAGUUUGUUCUCGUUGCGAGAGAGUGCUUCCUGGAGAUAAGAAUGGCGUUUUCUCUUCUUCGUCUUCGUUGUGCAAAUUCUGUAAAUCAAAACAACCCAAAUUGCUCUACCGGAUUCUCAUGAGUAUCGCAACAGACACAUCAGUCAAAACUGUGGUCUGCUUUGAUAGAGCUGCGACUGUUCUCUUUGGUUGCUCAGCUGAUGACUUGUUCCACUUCACCAAGCUUAAUCCUUUAGCAGCCUCUAUGGUUAAUGAGGUUUUGGAUGGAGAAAUGUUUAGGAUGACACUGAAUCGGCCUCAGAACAGAAAUGCGCAACAUAUGAGAGUGACUUCACUUGUUCCUCUAAGAUCAGGAUUUCAACCAGCAAUAGUAACGCUCACACACCUCUGCACCAAGAAUGCUUCUCGUUCCACAACAAACCACAGUCUUUGA